UCUGCGAACUGAUCCUUGAAUUAAGAAAAGUCGCCAUUUUAAUUCAAUGACGCUUUCGCCUUGUGUGGUUUAUUUAAUUACCGUAUUGUAGAUUAUUCCAAGUCCGUUCAAAUUGCUGUUGAAAAGGAUUCGCCAUCUAAGACAAUAAUGGCAGAAAUUGAGGAUUUCGAAAUGGCGAACGGCGAGGAGGAGCAAUCCGAGCAGUUGAACGGUUCUGAUCCAAAAUUAAAUCUGAAGGAUGAAGAACGUAAGUUAUUUGUCGGCGGAUUGAGUUGGGAAACGACUGAGAAAGAAUUAAGAGAGUAUUUUUCAAAAUUCGGUGAAAUAGAAAGUGUUAACAUAAAAACUGAUUCUAAUACCGGUAGAUCGAGGGGAUUCUCAUUUAUUGUUUUCAAAAAUGCCGAAGCGUUGGACAAAGUAUUCGAAGCCGGCGAUCACGUGAUCAAUAAUAAAAAAGUAGAUCCGAAAAAAGCUAAGUUGAGACCAGGCAAAAUUUUUGUCGGUGGAUUGACUCCAGAAAUGACCGAUGACGAUAUAAAAAGUCAUUUUGCGCAAUAUGGAACUAUUACUUUGACGGAAAUGCCAUUCGAUAAAACCAAGAAUCAACGAAAAGGUUUCUGUUUUAUUACUUUCGAGUCCGAUCAAAUGAUCAAUGACAUUGUUAAAAAUCCUAAGCAAGUAAUUAAAGGCAAAAUGGUAGACGUUAAGAAAGCUACUCCAAAGCCCGGAGAAGGUUUUCUUGUAGGCGCAGCUCGUGGACGAGGUAGAGGGCGAGGUGUACGUGGAGGUGGAAGAGGCGGCUAUCCAAUUCCUCCUGGCUACCCGAUGCCGGACUAUGGCGCUUAUGGAUAUGGUUACGACUAUUACGGUUACAGUGGUGGUUAUGGUUAUGAUUAUUACGGCGCCGAUCCCUACGGAUAUGGGUACGAUUAUAGUGGUUAUGGUUAUGAUGCCGCUGGUUAUCCUCCUGUCGCACCGCCCCCGCCCCCACCACCACCAGCAAUAGCUAAUGUUAGGGGUCGUGGAAAAGCGGGUGCAGGUAAGCAGGGUCGAGGAAGCCGCGGCUAUAGGCAUACUCCUUAUUAAUUUAAUAUUGUUAAUGCAUUUACGUAUUUAAAAAGUGUAAAUUUUUCCCCUAAAGAUUUUAUUUUAAGUCGAAUGUUUUAUAUGGAAGUAGGAUUGCAGUAUUUUUGGGCUUAGUCGAAUUCAACUUCAUUUGUCUUGCAUACUUCGAAAUGGUAUUACUACAUAUUAUGAUUUUUUCCCUCAAAUCAUAUUGCUGAAAUGUUUGAAAAAAUACUUUCGUUACCCUUGUAAAAGUACAUACUAUGUUCACUUGAUGUUGCGGUAACGCUUCACAUUUUUAAAAUCUUUUCCCCCCUCCAUUAUGAUGUAUUUUACUCGCAGGUCAGAGGCUUCUUUUAAUCAACCAAUCUUAUCCAUGACUGAUGUAGGUAGGUAGGUAUAUAGUGUUAUGCUUUUUUGUCAACUUUGUUGCAACAAACCGUAUUCUACCUUUAUUUUGCGUGAGAUUAUGUUGCGCUCAUUCAAGUGUUUUCCCUUGGUACGUAGUUGAGUUUUGAAUCGUCUAAUGAUCUUACUUCCAGCUCCAACGCAGAGUUGAUAAAUUCAGUGUAAAUUAUUAUCGUGAGUAUUAACCCAUGAAUCUAGGUCUCGGCUCCUAAUGUAGAUAUGUAUUUUCUAUGUGCUUAUCAUUCUUUUGUAGCGUAUAUUUUAUGAGUGUUUUAUUCCAUAUUGGAAAUUAUAAUAAUACGUUUUCUUCAUAUGUCUGAAUCUGAAAAACAAAUUUUUUUACCCAUUUCUCUAAUGAAACUGAAUUUGUUUUAUAUACGUAAUCGUUUGUUGUUCGUUGUAACUUGUGUUUUAUUCGUUGUAAAGCGUGCAUAAAGUCAACACAUUCCGUUAAAUGAAAAAUGAAUAUAAAAUCUGCAAUAUUUCAAUUUUUUCUCUUAGAAAAUGAUUUUUUGUCGCAAUAGUAAUUCUACGAAAAGUUGUUUUUACUUUAAUAAGAUUAUUUUAAUUAUAACUUUUAAUUAUUCUUAAAGUAAUUGUUCUAUCAAUUCGAACAUGUAAUAAACUUUGUUAACUUGUAAACGAAAGAAAAAAAAUAAAGUUUUAAUAAUAAUAAAUUUAAAAAGUUUAAAUUUAUUUCAUAUUUACACAUUUUAUUGAUUGAUUCUUUUUUCUAAUUAUAUUUUUGUUUUAUUUUUUUCUUAUUUUUUUUCUUAUGUAUUACAUUACAAGUUUGUUUUUCUUUUAAUUUCGUUAUUAUUAUCAUUAUUAUUUUCUUUUUCUUUCAUAAUUUUCUCAAGUUAUAGAUGAUCGAACAAAGAUUUUACUAUAAUGCCAAAGACGAAUAAUGUACAUUUUCUCGAAAUGCACGCUUGUUACGUAUCAUUAAACUCGUAAAGCUAUAUUGGUAUGUAAUUGAUUUGUUCAAGUAGUAAUCUAGUAAGUGAGUUUUAUUCGUAUUUUUUUCGGAGUGGAACCCAAAUUUUAUUCAGUAUUUCAUCGAAUUGGUCAGCAUAAAGUAAACGUGUUCAUAUUUUUCCCAAUCAUAAAUACUGCAACCUAAGGCGACCUUAACUGAUAUUUUAUUUGAAAAAAAAAAUAUAUAUAUAUAAUAUAAAAAAAGUAACUGUAUUAACAAACUGCUGCAGCGUACAAAUUGAACAUUAAUUUUCUCAAAGCAAAGUAAUCGACGAAAUAAAUAAUUUUUGUUGUUA